AUGAGCCAUACACAUAAUAAAGACAAGAACAAUAUAAGUAACAGCAGAAAUAGUAAUUACGAUAACGAUGGCAAUAGCAGCAAUAACCGCAACGGAGGUAGCAGCCGAAUGGGCAUUAAAAAAUUAGAUUCUACUCAGUCAACGACGCAUAUUGAGGGUAUGGCAUAUAGUAGCGGUAAGGAUGGUAAAAUAACGCAAAGUGGAAAUAACAAUUACGAUAUAAUAAGAGGUAAGGAUAAAAAAAAGAAAAAGAAGAAAAAUAAUGGAGUGUUAGAUUUAAAUAAAGAAGAGUCAUUUAAUGAUAAUUCUUUUUAUUUGUCGGAUAAUAUAGUAGAGGAUGAGGAGCUAAAUACAAGUGGAAACAAAAUAUCUUUUAUUAAAAAAUUGAGAAUGUGUAUUAGUUAUUUUGGGCCUGGUUGGAUUGUAGCAGUUGCAUAUCUAGACCCAGGAAAUUUAUGUAGUAAUUUAAAUGUAGGUUUAAUUAGAUCAUCGUCAAAUAAUAAUAAUAAUUUAGUAAAGGAUUAUACAGGUUAUCAUUUAUUAUGGAUUUUAGCAUAUGGUCAUUUACUUGGCUUUAUAUUUCAAGUAUUGUCAAUGAAAAUUGGUCAUGUUACAGGAUUAGAUUUAGCAUCAAUAUGUUAUAAAGAAUUUGAUAAAAGAAUUUCACGUAUUUUAUAUUUCUUUGUUCAGUUGGCAAUAUGGGGCGCACAUAUUCAAUCCAUCGUUGGUACAUUUGUAGCUAUUCAUUUAAUAUUUGGUGUAUCAGUUAAAGUAGCAAUAUUUUAUACUUUAAUUGAAGCAUUAAUUUAUAGUUUUUUAGAAAAUAGAAGUUUGAGUUUACUUGAGAAUGUAUUGAGUUUUCUUAUCGGCAUUUUAGCAUUCUGUUUUAUUAUAAACGUUUUUAUGGUCCCAAUAAAUUUUAAAGAAGUAGCAAUGAGUAUUAUGUAUCCACGUAUACCUGAAGGUAAAGGGUUUGAUGCUAUGGCUUUACUGGGUAGUAUCAUAUCAGCGCAUGUUUUUUAUUUACAUACCAAUUUAACUUCAAAAAAGAAGGCAGUAAUAUUUAAUGAUAGAAUGUUAAAAAGAUAUAAUACGUUAGGAACUAUCGAAUCUGCUGGGUCUUUAUUUCUCUCAUGUGUAACUAACUGUAUCAUAGUGCUUACAUUUGCCGAGGUAAGUAUUAAUGUACAUGAUAGAAGAGAUGAAUAUAAUUUGUUUACAGCAUAUGAAGUUAUGAAAAAAUCAUUUGGUAAAGUUUCUAUAUAUAUAUGGUCCUUUGGAUUGUUAAGUAGUGGAAAUAACUCAAGUUUUAUGUGUGAAUAUGCUUCCAAAUCUGUAUUUGAAGGUUUUUUAAAUAAAAAAAUAAGCCCAUUUUUUAGGGUAUUAUUUUUCCGAUUUUUCCUUUUUUCAAUUAUUUAUUUAUUUUUAUUAUAUGAUAAAUAUAGCAUUGAUCAAUUAACAAAUUUUAUUAAUGUUAUUCAAGUGCUUUUAUUACCUUUGGCUAUUGUACCGCUUUACCGCUUCAGUAUUCAUAAAAAUGUGUUAGGAAAAUUUGCUUUAAAAAAAUAUGCCAAAUUUUCUGUUUUUGUUAUUGUUGUUUCAAUUACCAUUGCAAAUUUAUCCUUAACACUCUUUGAUUUUCUCCAAUCUACACGCAGUAUCUAUGCUAUUUGUUUUGCAGUUGUUUUUACAUUUUUUUAUCUAUUUUUUAUUUUCCUCUUUUUUAAAUUACCAAUUACCAAAAUUUACUGUCAGAAGUGUUGA